UUCACCGGUUAAAAUGAAAGCGAUAAACUUAUUCAGUUUGGCACUUUGUGCGUUGUGUGUUGUUAAAGCUUCAAAAUUCAAUGCUACAACUCGUAUACUUGGCGGUGGAGAUGCUAAAAGAGGGCAAUUUCCCUAUCAAGUGUCGAUUCGUUAUAAAAAUAAUCAUUAUUGUGGUGGUUCAAUUAUCAACAAUUGGUUUAUUUUGACAGCUGCACAUUGCACUCAGGGCGACAAAUCAUAUCCUGACAAUAUAAAGGUUGUGGUCGGAGCUAGAGAAUUGAAAAGCGGUGGGACCUGGCUCAGCAUAGAAAAAAUCACCAACUUUCCAAAUUACAGUCCUACAAUAUUUCAGAAUGACAUCUCAUUAUUGCGUACUGCGCAAGAGAUUCAUUUCACAGUUUUAAUUCAACCAAUCGCGCUGCCCACUUCUAAUUUGAUGAUAGACGGAGCAUCGGUUGUAGUUUCUGGCUGGGGUUUCACUAAAAUGCCUGAUACUAUACUAGAUACGGAAAGCAAACCAUCCAAUAUUUUGCAAUUUACCAAACUUAAGGUGUUAGAUAUUUAUAAAUGUAUCGAUAAAUUCAAAGGAAAGGUUAAAGUUUCGCAUAUUUGCACACAAAGUUCAAUGAACGAGGGUGUGUGCACUGGAGAUAAAGGUGGUCCGUUAGUCGAUGUAAAUGAUCCCAAGACAUUGGUUGGAAUAAUUUUGUCGAGUGCACCGUGUGGUACAAAAGAUCCGGAAAUUUUCACACGCGUCUAUGCAUUUAUUGCAUGGAUUAAACAGGAAAUGGCGGAACAAAAACCGGAGCUGACAACUGUACAACCACCAACAGAAGCACCUACAGAAAUGCCCACUGAAAAACCCACAGAACCUUCCACUCAAGCAACAACACCUACCCCUCAAAUAACAACAUCUACCCCUCAAACAACAACCCUUACCAUUGAAACCACAACCUCUACCCCUCAAACAACAACUCCUAGCAUUCAAAUAACAUCCCCUACCUCUCAAAUAACAACACCUAGCUCUCCAAUAACAACACCUAGCUCUCAAACAACAACCCCUACCCCUCAAACCACAGCACCUCCAACGCAAACUGAAAAGCCUCAGUUUAAGCCUGUCAUUCAAAUAGGUCCUGUAUAUAUUUUUAUAAAAAAACUUAAAAUCCAUAAACAAAAAACCUCCAGUAAAUUUUUGAAUUUUCUACUCCAUUUAAAAGAACGACGUGGAAAAAGUAAAAAAUUACAAUUUGGCUUAUGCCUUCAGUUCAUAUAUAAAAUGAAAACGAUAAACUUAUUCAUUUUGGCACUUUGUGCUGUAUGUGUUCUGGCCGAUAUUAAAUUUCCAAAAAUCAAUCCCACAAAUCGCAUACUUGGCGGUAAAGAGGCUGCAAAAUAUCAGUUUCCGUAUCAAGCAUCACUUCGUAAAGAAGGAAAACAUUUUUGCGGUGGUUCUAUCAUCAGCAGUUGGUUUAUUGUGACAGCCGCAAGCUGUACCCAUGACUCAAAUCCAAAUGAUAUAGAAGUUGUAGUUGGCGCUGUAAAACUGUAUAUGGAUGGAGUCCCGUUCAGUUUGGAAAAAAUCAUUAACCAUCCCGAAUACGAUAAAAAAAAGAUACAUAAUGACAUCUCGUUAUUGCUUACUGCGAAAGAAAUCUCUUUUACAAGUUCAAUUCAAUCAAUUGCACUGCCCGCUGUUGAUAGAGUGAUACAUGAGAGGGUCCUAGUAGUUAGUGGGUGGGGUACAAAAAAACCUCUUACUGAAAGUAACCAACUAGAAUUCGCUGAAUUAUUGCAAUAUAUUGAUGUUGAGGUUUUGGAUCUUAAAAUGUGUGCUAAAAACGUCCCAUCUAGCCAGCUAAUCGAGUCAAAUAUUUGUACCUCAAGGUCAGUUGAAACGGGCGUUUGCACUGGAGAUAAAGGUGGACCGUUAGUCGAUGAAAAUGAUAAAAAUAGUCCAAAUGGACAAUCAUUGGUUGGAAUAGUUUCGUCAGAAAUAUCUUGUGGUACAAAAAAUCCGGACAUUUUUACGCGUGUUUAUUCAUUUAUUGAUUGGAUUGAAACACAAAUGAAAAUACAUAAGCCAGAAAUGAGUACAGAAAAACCACAAACGGACAAACCUGCCAUUCAUAUAGGUCCUGUAUUUGUAUAUAUUGAAAAUAUCGAAAUCUACAACUGAAGUGUUGAAUACCAUAUUGUAAAACAACAGGGUCCUCAACUCAAUUCAAAAUUAGAUUUUUUUAAUCAAUCGAAGUAUUAAAUCUCGCAUAUUGUCAUAUUUUACCGUCAUUUUGAUCGAGUGAAAAAAAAGAAAAAUUGACAAAAAACGAAUAUUUAAUAAAUGUAGUGGACAAAUCUAUAUCUAUGAUUUA